AUGGGCUCGAAGAGGCGCGCCAGAAGCCCAUCAACCGAUCCGCCUGCACCGUCCCGGCGCCGCCCUCAUCGGCGUGGGGCUCGCGUGCGCCUCGUGGUUGCAGGUGGCCGCCGGCGAGCCUCUGCUUUGGCGGCACAUCAACCUCGCUGACGAGAAGACAUACUCACCGGCGGCGUGCCAGGCGAUGGCGCGUGCCGCCGUGCAGCGCAGCGCCGGCCGCUGCGAGUCCUUCCGCGGCCGUGUCGACGACGAUGUACUGCCCUUCCUCGUCCACAGCGCGCCGUCACUGCGGAGCCUCCACGUGACGCGACUGCACGACAUUAGCAGCGAGAGGCUCAUCUCCGUGGUGGCCAAGAAGCUCCCGCUGCUCGAGGAGCUCGUGCUGUCGCAUGGCCUGAUCCAGGAAGGCUCGUUGGUCGCUCUCGCCCACGAAUGCCCACGCCUCCGGGUGCUCGACACCGGCCGCUGUGUGACCCUGUGCCCCAUUGACAGAGCAUCACGAAACAGGCUUCGUGGAUGGCCUCUUUUCUGCCGAGAGCCGCGGCAGCAGGUGUCUUCAUACUGGGUGCAAAUGCGUGGGCAACAAGAUGGUUCUAUUUGAACAAAGAGAUGAUGCAUGGGACACUGUAUUUAGGAACCUAAAAGAAUGACAAAUUUUCUUUUCCUAAAAGAACACAAGAGGAAUAUAUUUAUCUUUUGUUAA